UCUCAUUAGCUGAUGUGAUAAUAAUUGAGAAGUCGAUUUGUUUUGGGUAAAGCGUGCCAAAAUUGAACAAAUAAACUAUAAGGAACUAGAAUUAUUGGAGUCGAAGAAGAUCCUGUUCGAUAUUGAUAUUUUUUUAGGUGUUUUGUUGUACUAUUAUAAUUUUUUUUUAAUUUUAUUUUCACUAGCUGUUUAGGCUUUUAAUUGAUAAUAUUGAGAUGAGAAGCAAAGAAUGAGAAGAGAGCAAAGGAGAGUAAAGAGAGAGGGCCACCGAAAGGAAAAGGAAAGCAAAAGAAAAGAAAGAGAGAAGGCUUCCACUGUAGCCAUCAAUAACAGAGGAAGUGGGAGUGGCAGAUAAGCGAGCGAGAUAGAGAAAGCUUCACUGCUUCUACUUCUAUUACCUGCCUCUCUCUGAUUUACUCUCUCUGCCUUCUGAAACAAAAAAAAAAAAAACUAAAAUGCCUUUUGCUCCUUCUUGAUUGAGAUCGAGAAGACUGUACAGAUCUGUGUCUUUAGCCACUCGAGAUUUCUGUCAAGGAUUGAAAAAUGGAAGCGAGUGCUGGCUUAGUCGCUGGCUCUCACAACCGAAAUGAAUUGGUAGUUAUCCGCCGCGACCGCGACGGUGAAUCUGGUCCGAGGCCGUUGCAGCAGUUAAGUGGACAAAUAUGCCACAUAUGUGGAGACGAUGUGGGAUUAACUCGAGACGGAGAGCUAUUCGUGGCUUGCAACGAGUGUGCAUUUCCAAUCUGCAGAACUUGCUAUGAGUAUGAGCGUAGAGAAGGGAACCAAGUGUGUCCACAAUGCAAAACCAGAUUCAAGCGUCUCAAAGGGUGUGCUAGGGUGGCUGGUGAUGAAGACGAAGACGACAUCGAUGAUUUGGAGAAUGAAUUCAAUUUGGAUGCGAAAACUAGACAAGAUAUGCAGCAUGGUCUCCCUGCCGACGCUAUGCUCUACUAUGGUCGCGCUAAUUCUGAAUCCGAUUUUCCUCAUGUUCUUCAUUCUUCCAUGACCCCACAACCACAAGUCCCUCUGCUUACAAAUGGUCAAAUGGUUGAUGAUAUUCCUCCUGAACAACACGCUUUGGUCCCUUCAUUCAUGGGAGGUGCUGGUGGUGGAGGCAAAAGGAUCCACCCACUUCCUUUCACAGAUCCUGCACUUCCAGUACAACCCAGAUCCAUGGAUCCUUCCAAGGAUUUGGCUGCUUAUGGCUAUGGUAGUGUUGCGUGGAAAGAGAGAAUGGAGAGCUGGAAGCAAAAACAAGACAAGCUACAAAUGAUGAAGAAUGACAAUUCAGGCAAAGAUUGGGACUAUGACGGAGAUGGCCCAGAUCUACCACUCAUGGAUGAGGCAAGACAGCCAUUGUCUAGGAAGUUGCCUAUUCCAUCAAGCCAGAUAAAUCCUUACCGAAUGAUCAUCAUAAUUCGACUUGUGGUUGUCGGAUUCUUCUUCCAUUAUCGAGUCAUGCAUCCUGUAAAUGACGCAUAUGCAUUGUGGCUUAUUUCUGUAAUUUGUGAGAUCUGGUUUGCUCUUUCAUGGAUCCUUGAUCAGUUCCCCAAGUGGCUCCCAAUUGACAGGGAAACUUAUCUUGAUAGGUUGUCCCUUAGGUAUGAGAAGGAGGGCCAACCUUCUCAACUUUCUCAUGUUGACAUAUUUGUGAGUACUGUUGAUCCAUUAAAAGAACCUCCUCUGGUGACUGCAAACACAGUUCUUUCCAUCCUUGCUGUGGACUACCCUGUCGACAAGAUCUCAUGUUAUGUUUCUGAUGAUGGUGCUGCUAUGCUGACAUUUGAGGCACUGUCGGAAACAUCUGAGUUUGCAAAGAAGUGGGUUCCUUUCUGUAAGAAGUUCAACGUUGAGCCACGGGCUCCUGAAUUUUAUUUUGCUCAAAAGAUAGAUUAUCUCAAAGAUAAGGUGAUGGCGUCAUUUGUGAAGGAGCGCAGAGCAAUGAAGAGAGAGUACGAAGAGUUUAAAGUUCGAAUCAACGCUUUGGUUGCCAAGGCUACAAAGGUUCCAGAAGAAGGGUGGACGAUGCAGGAUGGGACUCUCUGGCCUGGGAAUAAUGUCCGGGAUCAUCCUGGGAUGAUUCAGGUUUUUCUAGGCCAAAGUGGUGGGCAUGACACAGACGGAAAUGAAUUACCACGCCUGGUAUAUGUUUCUAGGGAAAAGAGACCUGGGUUUAAUCACCACAAAAAGGCUGGAGCAAUGAAUGCUUUGGUUAGAGUCUCUGCUGUGCUGACAAAUGCACCUUAUCUGUUGAACUUGGAUUGUGAUCACUACAUCAAUAAUAGUAAGGCUCUUAGAGAGUCAAUGUGUUUCAUGAUGGAUCCACUGAUAGGAAAGAGGGUGUGCUAUGUCCAAUUCCCACAGAGAUUUGAUGGUAUUGACAAGCAUGAUCGAUAUGCCAACCGGAACACUGUAUUCUUUGAUAUUAACAUGAAAGGUUUGGAUGGCAUUCAAGGACCUAUAUAUGUUGGGACUGGAUGUGUCUUCAGAAGGCAAUCAUUUUAUGGUUAUGAUGCUCCUAAAGCUAAGAAGCCACCAACCAGGACAUGCAACUGUUUACCAAAGUGGUGCUGUUGUGGAUGCUGUUGUUCUGGAAAGAGGAAGAAGAAGACUAACAAACCUAAAUCAGAGAUGAAGAAAAGAAAUUCUAGCAAGGCAGAACCUGUGUGUGCUUUGGAGGGUAUUGAGGAGGGGAUUGAAGGAGUUGAAGUUGAAAAGUUUGGUAUGCCUAAUAUAAAGUUGGAAAAGAAGUUUGGACAAUCUCCAGUUUUUAUUGCAUCUACUCUGCUAGAAGAUGGCGGGGCACUGAAAAGUGCUAGCCCAGCAUCAUUGCUUAAAGAAGCCAUCCACGUCAUUAGCUGUGGUUAUGAAGAUAAAACCGAAUGGGGAAAAGAGGUUGGCUGGAUCUACGGUUCAGUUACAGAGGAUAUAUUGACAGGUUUUAAAAUGCACUGUCAUGGAUGGCGAUCAAUAUAUUGUAUCCCAGCAAGGCCUGCAUUUAAAGGAUCUGCUCCCAUUAAUCUCUCUGAUCGUCUGCAUCAAGUCCUUAGGUGGGCCCUUGGUUCCGUUGAAAUAUUUUUGAGCAGGCACUGUCCUCUCUGGUAUGGAUAUGGAGGAGGCCUGAAGUGGUUAGAGCGCCUGUCUUACAUAAAUGCUACUGUAUAUCCAUUGACUUCAAUUCCUCUGCUGGCAUAUUGUACUCUACCUGCUGUGUGCUUGCUCACAGGAAAAUUUAUCACUCCAGAGCUCAGCAAUGCCGCUAGCUUGUGGUUUCUGUCCCUUUUCAUUUGUAUCUUUGCAACAAGUAUAUUGGAAAUGCGAUGGAGUGGAGUUGGUAUUGAUGAGUGGUGGAGAAACGAGCAGUUUUGGGUGAUUGGAGGUGUUUCAGCGCAUCUAUUUGCUGUUGUCCAGGGGCUCUUGAAGGUUUUAGGUGGUGUUGAUACGAACUUCACUGUGACAUCAAAAGCAGGGGACGACGAGGAGUUCUCAGAGCUGUAUGCAUUUAAGUGGACCACAUUGCUCAUUCCACCAACAACACUGCUAAUAAUAAACAUAAUUGGUGUGGUUGCUGGAGUUUCGAAUGCAAUUAAUAAUGGGUAUGAUUCAUGGGGGCCUCUGUUUGGAAAGCUCUUCUUUGCCUUCUGGGUGAUUGUUCAUCUCUAUCCUUUCCUAAAGGGUCUGCUUGGUAGACAGAACAGGACUCCCACAAUUAUCAUUGUCUGGUCAAUAUUGCUUGCUUCCAUCUUCUCCCUGCUGUGGGUGCGCAUCGAUCCAUUCUUAGCCAAGUCUAAAGGACCAGUUCUGGAAGAAUGUGGAUUGGACUGUAAUUAGCUGCACAUUUGCUCCAUGAUAGAUAUUAGAUAUUUAUCUUUUGAUGGAUGAUACAACCAAGAAAAUAUGUUUGGUGUGAUGGGGUCUACGAGAUGUAGAUUAAUUGCUUGUAUGGGCGUGGAUACCUCUUUUCAACUCCUCGUUCGGUUCGUUCCUUAUCUUUGGUUGAGAAAACUCCAGGUGGACUGUUGGGAACAACUACAUCAGUACUGUGCUCCUUUCAUUCUUUAUUAGUUUGAUUUAUACGGGGAAGAGGAGGUCUGGUUAUUCACAAAACCACUCUGUAUUAUUAUUGUUGUCACGGGUCUUUUUCUCCUCUGUCUCUCUCUCCCUCUCUCUCUCUCUAUUUGAUUCACAAUAAAUGGGGCUAUGUCCUGCUGCUUGUAAUUGCAAAGGCAAACUUUCUGGUACAGUACUAAAUGCUGGGGCUCUAAUGUUCGCCCUCUCUAUAAUGUAGCUAUCUUAUGGCACGCACAGGAUAUAAGGAAAACUGAAAAGAUGUUUCAUGUUGUGUUCAAUUGAAUACUUUGAUACUGUUUUGUUU